CCUCGCCCCGUCGCUGCGCGGCGGCCGCGUUCCCCUCAGGCAGCGCGUGAGGGCCGCGGCCCCGCCCUCGGCCGGCGCGGAGGGGCCGCGCGGGGCAAAGCGCGGAGGGCAGCGCGGCCAUGGAGGACCACGAAGCGGGGAGCGGGCCCAAGGCCCGGCGGGUGCAAGGUGACUCUGAUACUGGCUUUGGUUUGUGUGGAUGGAUCCUGAUGAUCAUUUCACUUUUUUUCACUAUUAUUACAUUUCCUAUAUCAAUCUGGAUGUGUAUAAAGAUUAUAAAGGAAUAUGAACGAGCCAUCAUAUUCAGACUUGGACGCAUCGCAAAAGGGGGAGUAAAGGGACCAGGUUUGUUUUUUGUCCUGCCUUGCACAGACAGCUUCAUCAAAGUUGAUAUGAGGACUAUCUCUUUUGAUAUUCCUCCCCAAGAGAUCUUGACCAAGGACUCUGUGACAGUUAACGUAGAUGGAGUGGUUUAUUACAGAGUUCAGAAUGCCACCCUUGCUGUAGCAAAUGUCACAAACGCUGACUCAGCGACCCGUCUUUUAGCACAGACUACUCUGAGGAAUGUCCUGGGGACCAAGAACCUUUCUCAGAUUCUGUCUGACCGUGAAGAAAUUGCCCACAGCAUGCAGGCCACACUCGAUGACGCAACAGAUAAUUGGGGCAUUAAGGUGGAACGUGUGGAGAUUAAGGAUGUGAAAUUACCUGUCCAGCUGCAGAGAGCAAUGGCUGCAGAAGCAGAAGCUGCCCGGGAGGCAAGAGCUAAGGUGAUCGCAGCGGAAGGUGAAAUGAAUGCUUCCAGGGCCCUGAAAGAGGCAUCCGUGGUUAUUACAGAGUCCCCUGCUGCUCUUCAGCUCCGCUAUUUGCAGACCUUGACCACCAUUGCUGCGGAAAAGAACUCCACCAUCAUCUUCCCGUUGCCCAUGAACAUUCUGCAGGGCAUCACAGGUGCAAGUCACUAGGCAGGGUGGGAGGAGGAGAGUUGGGGUGGCUUUUUUGGUACAGAAAAUAUUUGCAACACUGAAUUCCCUGUGUGUUACAGCUUAUGGCCGUGUUAACAAAGUAGAUUUGCUAAGGAACCUCUUUUGUUUUACUAAGUGUAUUAUAAAACUUAAAUCUCUAUGUUUGUGAAUAUGAAUAUUUGAAAUUGAAAACCUCUCAAAAUGAGUACAAGCAGAUUGUGAUCUUAAAUAAGCACGUAUCCACGCUGUCCUGGAUGGGACACCUGUCAUCUGUAACCUCCCAUUUUCAAAUACUAUAUAAAACCACUUGUGGUGAAGAUGACAUGAUCCAACAUUUGGAAGGAGAACUAUUCUUUUUAAUUAUCGGGUCUGUAGCCCUGCAAGGGAAGUGGAACAGCCCAAACUGUGUUCUCUUGGAGUGUAAGUGUAUGUGAUGAAAUCAGGGGAUUGCACAAGAAGUAACGGCACUUGAUCCAGGACUGAGAAUAUUGUACUGGGUACUUCUGAAAAUCAAGCUCAUAGUCCCCUGUUCAUGAGAAACAGUUGUCACUGGAACUUCCCAUCUAUCUCUGUUCUGCCACACAGAAAUGGCAUCAACAGCCUGUAGUUAUGGAUACAGUACACUUGCAGUCACGGAGGGGCUGUUCUGUUGUUACAGUGCCGUGGUGCUGUGCCUGUAUAGACUUAAGCUUCUCUAAAGCACUGAAAAGUUGUUGGGUCUGCCUUUAUCUGUCUCUCUGAAAAAUUAUUUUUAAAAAGCAAAAGUACCAAUUCCUGCAUUUUAUCUGGGUCUAAAACCUUAUUUCCCGAGGAAGUAAGGUCCCUGUAAGUAGCAGGGAGUGGUGAUGUUUAACAGAACAUGUGAUAGUGCUUAUGAAUCUGUUCUAACAAAUCAGUGAUCUACCUGUUGAUGCUGCUUCUGAGCAGACCUGUGGUAUCUGUUGUGGUGCUGAGGGCUUAUACUCCAUACCAAAAGCAUGUAAUCUUCAGUUUGUGUAGUCUUGAGCUGUGAGUCUAGUGAACUGUAUUCAUAUUUUGUACCUGUUUAAUAGAUGUAAUUACAGAUUAAAAUGAGAAGCAGCACAAGUCUGCAUGGGGGGGAGGCUACCGCUAUCACUGAGCUUGGCAUCUGGUCUUUAGUGGGAGGUGGCAAUGAAAAUGAAAACCCAGAUCAAUGAUGUAAAUGCCCUUCUCACACUGGCCAGCAUAAAGUUUACUGGGUUUUUAUCACCUUUCUGCUACAAUCAGUUCUGUAGUUAAAGGUACUGCAGUAAGAACAAGGUCUGCUUCCCUGGGUCCCGAUGCUCUGUGCCUCUGGCACUGCUAGGAGAGACCCCAGCGCUGGUAGGGCUUGAGCUAAUUGGUGCUGUUUCUUUUCUGCCUAUUUGCUGUGAAUGUUUAUUUCCUCCGCGUUAUAAAAGCAGUAUACUCGUCUGGAUGUGUUUGUCAGUACUUCAGUUAAUCUAAGCUGAGCUUGACUUUUUGGUGGGAGAAAUAUGGUUAACAAAGCUGUAAUAAUUAGCACUGCUGUGCUCAUGCGCUUGAAAUGGGAAAUAGAGUAACUGCACAGCUUGAGGUUAAUCCCUGGGGGAGAUGAGUGGAACUGUACCUCCCCCUGCUGCUGCUGUAGGUGCCCCCCCGGGAACUCUUGUUGACACCAGGACCAUGCUUUUUGCUCUUAGCCUGAAUAAAAAAACAUGCUGUUUACUAA